AUGGCAAUCCUAGAUGAGAAUGGCAACAUCUGUACUUCUCCGGCGGAGCAGGGACAGCGAUGGUUGCGCCACUUUACCAAGGUCUACAACAUCCCCAGCACAUUCGACUCCGGUGUUAUCGAUCAGGUGGAACAGCAGGACAUCGUCGAGGAGCUUGGCGAACCACCGAACCUUGCUGAGCUUCAGCGUGCGGUGUCAGCCAUGAGCAAUGGGAAGGCGGCUGGCGGCUCUGACAUCUUACCUGAGAUGGUUAAGGCCGGUGGCCCCGCUCUUAUGUGUGCCCUCUUGGACCUCGUGUGUAUCGUGUGGGAGGCCGAAGCAGUCCCUCAAGAGUGGGUGUGUAGCAAUCUGAUCCCCAUCCCGAAGAAGGGCAACCUUGCCAAAUGCGAUAAUUGGCAGGGCAUUGCUUUGUUGGAGGUGGUUGGCAAGGUCGUUGCUGCCAUGAUUCAGCGCCGCUUGCAAUCUUUGGCCGAGACCAUCCUUCCCGACUCCCAAUGUGGUUUUAGGAAGGGUCGGUCAUGCACGGAUAUGGUUUUCGCCGUUCGGCAGGUCGCAGAGAAGCUCUACGAACAUCGGUGCAAGGGUUUUCUAGUCUUCGUAGACCUCUGUAAGGCGUAUGACUCUGUCAGCCGCCAAUGCCUAUGGAUUAUCCUCAAGAAGGCAGGUGUCCCUGAGCGCCUCAUCAAUAUCAUACGCUCUUUCCACACCAAUAUGACAGCAACGUUGAAGAUCCCGGGAGUUGAUGCGCCACCAAUUGAGGUGCGGAACGGCCUUCGGCAGGGUUGCUGCAUGGCACCGGUACUUUUCAAUCUGUUGAUGUGGGCCGUUUUCCAGCAGUGGCAUCGUGCUGUUGCCGACAUUCCUGGCGUUGGUAUUCCUGUGGCAACAAACCCUGGGGGCAGUCUCCUAUUCAGUCGGAAGUCAACAGACAAGAGCAAGGUCCAUCGCGAGUGUCAAUUUGCAGAUGACUCUGCUCUGCUGGCUACCACUCAUGAUGGUGCACAGCGGGCCCUUGACCAAUUCAUACAUGUAGCGUAUUCUUUCGGCUUGACAGUCAACCUGGACAAGACAAAGGUGAUGGCUGCUGGAUAUGGACUCGCGGAAGCAGACCGGCUGCCCCUGGACGUGGCGGGUGAGGUGGUCGAGUGUGUAGAUAGUUUCCGUUAUCUUGGCUCUCUCCUCCACACGAAUGGCCGAUCUACCCCAGAUAUCAGCUCGCGCAUUGCCGGUGCAUCACGUGCAUUUGGAGCCCUGCGCCAGCCGGUUUUCACUGACAGCAACCUCUCACUUGCUACGAAGCGGCUUGUGUACGGGGCAUGCGUGUUGUCUCUGCUUCUGUACUGUGCUGAGUGUUGGGUGCCGUUGAGGCCCGACCUUGAUGUACUGUGCUCUUUCCAUCUGCGCUGCAUCCGUUCCGUGAUGGGUAUCAGCCAGCGGAAUGUCUGGGACGAACGACUGACCAGGGUUGAUGUUCUGGAGCGGUGGAAUCCGCGUCAGCCCCGUGACAUCCCCAGCCUGCUGACAUCGCGCCGCAUGGAGUGGCUUGGGCAUGUUGUGCGAAUGCAUGAGGAGCGUGCCCCGCGUCAACUACUGUUUGGCACCCUACAUCCUGUCCGUCCAAUGUGUGGCCCGAGGAAAAGGUGGCGCGAUGCUGCGCGGAAGGAUCUGGCGGCGUUGGGCAUCGACGAAUGGUAUGACUUGGCCCAGGAUAGACGGGAAUGGCGGGCCGCUUGCAGUGUUCUGCCCCCGCCCGAACCCGUUUGUGAGCCCCUGCGGAUACCUUGUGCCGAGUGUGGCCGUCUCUUCUCCAGGAGUGGUUUGCCUUGCCAUAAAUGCCUCGAUGAGCGCCGCAAACCUGUAUCAGAACAGAGAGGUAGCCGACAAUGUUCUUCCUGCGAGCGCUGGUUCCGCAGUGCCGGAGUGUUUGCCGUGGCGUCGAUGUGUCUCGUCUAUGAAUAG